UUAGGCCUAGUAUUUGGUUUUAAUUUGUGCGCCAUGGCUUCUCUAUUCAAGAAGAAGACAGUCGACGACAUUAUAAAAGAACAGACUAAGGAGCUUCGUGGUACUCAGAGACAGAUCACUAGAGACAGAGCUGCUCUGGAGAAACAAGAGAAACAAAUGGAGAUGGAGAUAAAGAAGAUGGCUAAGUCUGGGAACCGCGAGGCGUGUAAGAUCUUGGCCAAGCAGCUGGUCCAGCUGAGGAAGCAGAAGAACAGGACCUACGCCGUCAGUUCAAAGGUCACCUCCAUGUCCACACAGACCAAGGUCAUGAAUUCUCAGAUGAAGAUGGCUGGAGCCAUGUCCACUACGGCUAAGACGAUGCAGGUGGUGAACAAGAAGAUGGAUCCUCAGAAGACCCUCCAGACCAUGCAGGACUUCCAGAAGGAGAACAUGAAGAUGGGCAUGACCGAGGACAUGAUCAACGAUACGUUAGAUGAGAUAUUUGUGGAAUCAGGAGACGAGGAAGAAUCUCAGGACAUAGUGAACCAGGUUCUGGAUGAGAUCGGCAUCGAGAUCUCUGGAAAGAUGGUGAGAGCCCCAGCAGCAGGGAAGAGUCUCCCUACUGCUUCUCCUAAACGGAAAAUGCAGAUCUCUGACGACGAGAUAGAGCGACAACUUCGAGCCCUGGGAGUGGACUAACACACACACCAUGGUCUAGGCCUGUGUACUAGCAGGCUGGUGGUCCAUGUGUCUGACACUGGGAGAUUGUGGGUGGUUAUGAAUAUUUAAUGACUAAAUGAAGGAAUAAUAUGAUAUUGUGACCCACACUACAUUCUGCUGCAGCAGGCAGCCUGCUGAAGGGGUUGGCUUCUUUAUGUACAUACAGAGUGUUGACUCUGGAAAAGUGACCUCUAUGUUCACAUUAUAUUUUGUGCAUGGCUUCUCCAUUAGUCCUGGGAGUACAAAUCCUGUGGGAGGAUGAUGAAGUCAAAGAAACAGAGUGAGGUAAUGACUGUUCUCUGUGCUCUCACAUCUUUAGGUACAGUACUAUAGAUGCUGCUGGUGUCAAACUACUGACAAUGUGUCUGUCUAGUUCCACUGACAUUAACUCUAGGAACUACUGACAUUAACCCCUACGAGUAGGGUAAGGGCUUGACUUUUUCACUAAUAAACAUUUUGCAUGAGAAUCUAUGGAAUUAGCAGGAUCAUACUAGAUGUCAGAUACGUAAAUAGAUUCAGUUUAAAACAAUGUGUGAAAGAAUAAUUAAGAGAAUUCAAACUAAUAAUCAUUAACUUGAUAUAUCAAAGAAUGGUUAAUUUUGAGUUGCUUGUUUUGUACUAUUGAGUUGUACUCUAAUUUGAAGAUAUUGUCUUAGUUGAUCUCUGUGUGUCCUGUCUUUCUGAUGUGGGAUUGAACCAGCAGUCUGUCUGUCCUCAUCUCUCUCCUUUUAUCUCGGCUGCUGUGCAGUUAUCGUAUCUGUUAGAGCUGUUUUUUUAACACCACACACACACACAUUCUAGAGUGUACAAUGGGUUUAUGAAGAAGACACUGAUCAUUGUCUUCCUGACGCGUGCUCUGUUUCACUCGACCAUGCUGUAAGAGCAGGUUAGGAGACAAUGACAUAUUGUGCAUUAUCAACUAAAAAACAUUUCAUGCAUUCUAGAAUGUUCCCUCUCAUGGUUCUCAUCUGGUUUUCUAAUGUCGACUAGUAUAUCAUUGUAGAAUGUUCCCUCUCAUGGUUCUCAUCUGGUUUUCUAAUGUCGACUCUAGUAUAUCACUGUAUACUAAAGUAAUUGUCUUAAUGAUUGUUACUGGAAAACAUUGACUGGCUUACUAUCGUUACAUCAGUUUCUUUUCAACUUCAUUUUGUGGUGCAAUUCUCCAAUGAGGAAAGGUGAAUAAAUGAAGGUUGUUACACUUUUUAUCCACCAUGUAUGUAAACUACUGUAUGUAUCCUCUGUAUCUGUACAGUUGUGCUGUUUAGACGUGAUGACUUUUAUAAUGAAUAAAAUAGCAUCGUACAAAAAAAUUGUUUUAU